AUGUCUCUAAACUUGGAAAAGCAGCUCACCUUUUACGGCGCAUAUCACCACAAUGCCCUCAAUGUCGCAAUUCACAUGACAUGUGUGCCUCUGAUUCUGAUCUCGGGCUUUUGCAUGGCAGCCAAUACCGGUACUCUCAUCCCGCUUCCAGAUGCCCUGACGGUCCCGUACCUCGACCUGAACCUUGGCACCAUUGCUGCUCUGGCGUAUGCGAUUCUCUACAUAUUACUCGAACCCGUGGCUGGAACUGCUCUCGGUGCACUCUGCCUGGGCGCAACAGCCUUUGCCAACAAGGCCCUGCUCGAGAACCCAACCCAGACUAAUCAGAUUGCCAUUGCGACACACAUAAUCAGCUGGUUGCUUCAGUUCGUCGGGCAUGGAGUUUUCGAGGGUCGCGCUCCUGCCUUGUUGGACAAUAUCGUGCAGGCUUUGUUCCUGGCUCCCCUCUUCGUCUGGCUUGAGCUUCUCUUCAAAUUCGGAUACCGUCGCGAGCUCCAGAGCCGGGUUGACAAGGCCGUGCAGGUUGAAAUUGCCAAAUUCAGAGCACAAAAGGCGCUGAAGAACGGGAAAGCCCAGUAG